AUGUUGCAAGCUGAUCGGCAAAACAAAAAGCUGAGCAACACGAGUAGAGCAGAAAAAGGAUCGAAAAAUCAAUACAAUCAAUCAUCAUCCCAUACAUCAUAUCCAAACCCAUCAUUCAUCUCAGGAAGCCCAGAAACAUACACAAAAUGCGUAAGAUCAAACACCUUAGAAAAGAGAGGUCCUGACCUCCAGCUUUUGCAGUGUUUGAUCCAGGAUCGUUCGGGAUAUGUGCAGAUGCCAUUGAUCCAUAUGUGGCGCGAUCUGCCAGGCAUCUCUGGCAACUCUCGAAAUCCAUCAAGGAGGUUCUUUGUUAUCCAGAAGCUGCCUCCCGUCCGCCUUAAUUGGAUAUUUCCUGACGGAGGCCUCUGGGUCCUCGAAGUAAACGUCCAUCCAACCGAGCCGAAAUACCACCCGUGCCAAAAAAUAUGA